AAGUACAACAGUUCAUUUCCUCCGAAUCUAUAAAACCUUGCAGCGUAUUUUUUUGCAGUGAGUUCAACUUCCGCAAUCAGUCAGAGUAAUUCUUCAGAAUGAAGACAAUAAAGAUUCUAUUUUUAUUUAGUUUUAGUGGAUAUCUCAAAUUGUAUGAUUGUCUUUCCAUGAAACAAUUCGAUGCUUCCUUAAACACAAUGCGUUCGCUUUGCCAACCCAAACAUAAAGUAUCUGUGGAGAUGCUCGACAAUCUAAGGAAGGGAAUUUUCGUUGAAGAUCGCGAGUUGAAAUGCUACACAAGGUGUAUCGCCCAAAUGACUGGCACGCUAAGCAAGAAAGGAGACAUCAUCAAUCAACGUAUGUUGGCUCAAAUUGACAUCAUUGUGCCAGAUGAAUUACGACCUUUGGCCCGAGAAGCAUUCCUCCAUUGUCAAGAUGUUCCAAAAGACUAUAAGGAAUCAUGCGAUAAAGUGUUUUACUUAACAAAGUGUGUACAAGCAUACAGUCCAGAGCAUUUUAAGUUUCCCUAGCUUCUUUUAAUAAAUAAAUAAAAGUAACUGAAAAA